AUGCUGCCCAUUGUACUGAUAUUGUCCCUGGCAUCGAGCGCGUUCGCCGCUAUUUCGUUGACCGACGUCAACGUCUACGAUGUUGACGAAAUUCCGCCAGUCCCUGACAAUGGCCUGCCCAGCUCUGCAAUUGAAAACGCGUUCGACAUCCUGUUCGAUGGUGGCGCAACCAGUAUCUACUUUCAGAACAACUACCAGAUAAUUAAAGAUCUAGCGAAUCAGCGUGACGUCAACAGCCAGGCCUUGGCUGUUGGCCAGGCUAUCGCUCUCUUUGGAGAGCUUUCAUAUGGCAUCCCUGGUGACGCUUGCGCUGCCGCUAAUUUUAUCAACGCAUAUGUCAGCGGUAACAAGGCCGCUCUUCGCAGCGCUCUAGACGCCUACGUCCAAAACCUGGUCAGAAAUGUCGACGCCCUCGCGCAACGUGCCCGGGACCCUAACUCCCUUAGAUACACCUCUGGCGGACGUGGUAACUGCGUUGGAAGUGGCAGAACCUACCAAUUCGAGGCUGCUUGGGACUCAAUCCUGUGCAACGUUAGCCCCCGUCAAGCUGAUUUGAUCAAUGAGGAGUACUGUGCAACUAAGAGGCUGUAUAACGUGUCCUACAUUCGAAACAACAACUUUGGAGCGGCUAUCACAGCUUCCGCUCUGCGUCCAGCCUUCGAAGUCAACUUCAAAGCUUACCCCGCUCUGGUUAACUUCCUGAGGGCAAUCGCCUACAGGGGAAAUGUUCCUGCUACUGCUGCAGUUGCGAAGGCCGAGCUCCUGCGCGCUGCCUCUAACGUUAAACUUUAA